AUGUCAGCGACGCAAGCCCUUCCCACACAGGUGAAGUCUCCUACUGUAUCCUCACCCCACCCAGCGGUGAUGGCUUCGCCAGAGAAUUCCCUUCAAACCACUCCAGCACAAGAGGUGUCUGCAGAGUUUCCGAGUGAUUUCACAGGACCAUCGCCUGCCCCAAGGGCCGGUCAACCCGUUUUUGAACGGAUUCCAUCUGCCAAAGUCACCCAGUCUCGUCGUGUAGUGCUUACUACCUUGCUCAUUCUAGCAAACCUCGUACAAAUGACAGUCAAUUUUGCUGGUAUCGCCGGAGGUAGAACGUUAAGCCAAUCGAUGGGUGUCAAGUCCACUUAUGCUUCUUGGAUUGGGGCAAGUUAUGGUUUGACACAGGGAACAUUCGUCCUGAUCAGUGGUCGGUUGGGGGAUGUCUACGGUUACAGGGAGCUAGUCCUUGCUGGAGGCGCAUGGCUUGCGAUCACAACCCUAGCGAGUGCCUUUUGCGAUAAAGCAUUUUUUGCCUUUCUCACUAUGAGAGCCCUCGGUGGCCUCGGGGGAGCUUUCGUCAUGCCAAAUGCUGUUGCUAUGAUUUCGAGUACGAACCCACCGGGGCGAGCACGGAAUCUCAGUUUGGGCCUUUUUGCAGCUUCGGCUCCAAUGGGAGGUUACUUCGGCGCACUAUUUCUGGGUGCUUUCAUGGAAACGACAGAAUGGAAGUGGUUUUUCGUCUUCACGUCCGGUCUUGGUAUCGCUACCUCGCUUGCGAUUUGGUUUUUGAGUAUGCGAGAAACACCCGUUGAUCAGCAUGGAAAAAUCGAUUACGUUGGUUCUGCUCUCGGAACCUCUUCAUUGAUUCUUUUCAACUUUGUCUGGAAUCAAGCCCCUAGCGUUGGUUGGCAGACACCCUAUGAGAUCGCUCUCUUGAUCAUAUCGAUCAUGCUCUUCGGGGCCUUUCUCGUUUGGGAAAAACGGUAUACCUCCUACCCCAUCAUGCCACUUGAGAUCUUCAAGGCACCUUCCUUCCUCACUGUGCUCUUAGUGGUCCUACUCAACUACAUGGCUGUCGGAACCUUAAUCUGGUACCAGGUCCUCUGGUUGCAAGAGGUAUGGAAGUGGUCGCCUCUACAAUUUGCCGUUGGCUGGACGCCCUUCGUGAUUUGUGCCACGGCAGCCGCAUGUCUAGCUGCAUGGUUGGUGCCUCGGUUGGCGGCGCAAUGGAUCCUAGCGAUCGGUACAUGCACGAUCCUGAUUUCCAAUGCUCUGAUGGCCACUGUGCCAGUUAGCCAAAGCUACUGGGCUCAGGUAUUCCCCUCUGUCGUUCUGUUUGCUUUCUGUCCGGAUUUUGUGUACACUGCUGGACAGAUCAUUGCCAGUAAUUCAGUGCGCCGGCAUCAACAGGGUAUUGCUGGAUCCAUCAUCGGCACUCUCAACCUGUACGGCAACAGUCUGGGUUUGGGAUUUGCCUCCACUAUUGAAGUUCAAAGUGCUAAGCGCUCGGGAAGUCAAAUCAUGGGGUAUCGGUCAGCGCUCUACUUCGGUGUUGCGAUUAGCGUCAUUGCCCUCAUUUUAGAUGUGGGAUUUGUUCGACUGGUCAAAGAUAACCGUGAAGGGUGGGACGAGGAAGAUCGCCUGCGUAUAGAGGAGAUUGAGUUGACCCAAUAUGCAGAGGCCAGCGGCGCUAAUCCCCAUGCAGUAGCUGAAAGGUCGUAA